UGUCGAGACCUCUAUCACCCGGGCACCACGAUACUCCCAGGGUGAAGGGUGGUGGAGAGGGGGUAAUGGGGUAGGUGUUUUCUAAGUGUCAGUGACAGGACACAGUCAGUGACCAGCUUCGCCUCCCAUCCGACGCCCUCAGUCUUCCACCGCCACCACGUACGUAACGUUGACUCAUACUUCUAGUGUUGUGAGCUGCACGAAAACUCCACUGGAAUAAAGUAGGUACCCAGUGUUCCUUCACGUCUCCAUCCACACACCUCCCAAGUUGUCUCCUUUGCUGAUUAAGGACACCUGUUUUGAACCCACUUUGCCUCCCAUCUUGUACAUCUGGGUAGUGAACUGGAGAUAAGAACCAGAAUAAUAUAACAGCAGUGGAUCGCUCUGUAUCGUUAAACUCAAACACUGGACAGGAAAGUGUCUGGAUAAGAACUAUAACCCGAGACUGACUCACUCCACCAUGGACAACUUCGUGACUCUCCUCUCUGUGAAUUGAGUGAAGAAAUAAUCAGCGCCACCACUAAACAAAACCUGCAGGUCCUCAGCGACAACCGGCAUCCUCGCUCAUCCUGAGGCACCACGUCGGUAACAAGAUAUUGGACGUCUCACCGACUACAAACAACCACCAUCUUCUCAUCGUCUACUGCCAGAAAGUGCACGAAACCUUGAGAACCAAAGCUUCCAGUUACCCCUAGGAACUAGUCUCUUAAGGACCCUAAAACAUACAUAAUUUCCAGACGCUCAGGAUGGUGGUCUCUCAACAGUAGUUAAGAAAAUGGAAAAACAGGUCUCUUAAUUGAUCGCCUGACACACACACACACACACACACACACACACACACAUCCCCCAAAAAGUAAAUUUACACCAUCCACUAUCCUUUACCAACAUCACUCUCUACUAACACCAAGUCCUCACCUCUGCCACCAGUAACACAGUAAAUCGUUCCACCAAGAUGCCUCUGGACCUACGCCUCUUCCACGCAGGGGUGAGCGACAUGAAGAACAAAUUCGACAAGAAGAUCGAGGAACACAAGCAAGCUCAGCUGGAGAACCCCUUCAGCGAGUGGGAGGGCGCCGGCCGUACCAGGAGACUCUCUAAGGAAGACAUAGGAUAUGGCAAGCCGUUGCCGGGUAGUAAGUCAGAGCUGAGGAGCCAGGCAGCACAAGCUCACAUUAUGAUGGACAUCCGCUACCUGUGUGACAUGAUCUGGGACUGUUCCGAGUGGCGCAGUCCAGAUGGCAGGGCAGCCAUCACCUUCGGCAAACUUUUUAAGUUGUAUAUCGCCAUCUCGGACAAGGUGGUUGGCACCCUCCUGAGGGCCAGAAAACACCGCUUCGUCCAGUUUGAAGGAGAGAUGCUCUACCAGCGACGUGACGAUGACAAAGUGAUCGAGUUGGCUCGCUCCAUCAACACCAUACGCGCCAGGUUUGGCCAGAAGCCCCACGUGACUGGUGGUGGGGAGGUACAGCCUUGGGGCACAGCAGAAGAUGACGACGAGCCCCCGGGCACCAUUCUUAGGAGGAACUCUACACCCGGGGGAAUAAGGAGAAAUUCCUUGGAAGACAACCACCAGGAGACAUUCCAUGCCUCACACCUCCAGGUCCCUCACCAACUCACCCGAGAGACUGCUCCACAGGGGCACGUCACCGGAACAGGAGGUGCAACAGGAGUCUGAAAACUGUGUACCAGACACAGAUCAUCUCGUGAUCAUCAGCUGUGUGGACACGUCAGCAGAUGUGGAGGAGUUACAUGAUGACAUUAAGAAGAACUGCAACCUUUUAGAUCCCGAAGAAGAACACAAGAGAGCUAGACGGUCCAGGUCGGCGACCGUAGUAAUGGACACCAUCCUGGAGGUGACGGCCACUCCUGUCGAUGGCAAGGAGAGCGAGAGCAACAAUGACACCAAAUUAACACCAGAGACGACAAGUAAAACUGACGACGAAAGACAAACAGGAGGACAGGAGGUUGACAGAGAGAGAGGAGGGGCGAGGACACUGGUGUACUUCACACCGAGGCGCCACUGCACCUGUAAGUCUCUUCUUGCAACAAGGAGCCACUAAGUAAUUAAUUUACCUUAGUUUAGUAACUAGAGACUUAGCUGUCGUAGUAAAGAGUUGCAUUUUUCAAAUGAUUUUGUAGUCAUUAGUUAUCUAUGUUAUAUUUUGUUCUAGCAAGUCACUCCGGAUAUUUGUUAACUGCAAGUUGGUGUUUUUGUUGUAAUCAAACUACUGGUGGUGCUGCUGUGGAUCUUGAUGAUAUAUUCCUGUUUACUAAGUAAACGAUCUCUAAGGUUGAUUUAGCAAAUAAAUAAUCACUAAUAUUGUUA